AUGAAAAUUACAAAGCUUCGGGCAAAACCAAAAAAACUUGAACAAUUAGGUCCAUGUACACCUGAAGUAGCAGCAUUAUUGACUUGUUGGGCCAAUAAUACAAUGAAUUCUUCUGCUUGUAUACAAAAUGUGCAAGCACUUUCUAAUUGCAUGCGUAAUGUGCCAAGAAAAACGAAACCUCCCAAUACUAUCAAUUAUCAUCUUUCAAGACUUGAUUUUCCCAAAUGGUUAUAUGGAAUUAGAAUGCAUAGAUAUGUAAAAAAUUUUGAAAAUAUGAAAUGGGAAGAGAUUGUUGAAUUGGAUUCUGAGGGAUUAGAACAAUUAGGAAUUGAAGAACAUUUUGAUAGGAAAAAAUUGUUAAAAGAAUUUAGAAAUAUUAGAAAUACCAUAUAUGUGUUGUCAUUAUAUGAUAAUAGAAAUGGCGAGGAACCUUUAUAA